AUGCAGAGCCCCAGCAGAUUGUCAGUAGUUUCUACUUCAAUUAGCCUUGUUGUGUCUGGAUUACAAGGUUGGGCCGAUCUUCCGGAUGGCCCGCUUUACUCCAUUGUUGCUCUGUUGGGAUCCUCCAUUGACAUUCUUGCCUUUGCUGCAACCUGCCACUCUUGGCGUGCAGCAUUCUUCUCCUACCGAACUGCAUCUAACUUAUGCACAUUAAUCCCACCUCUUCUUAUCCGACCUGCUGGUCCUAACCAAGGUUCUUCACUUCCUUCCAUUUUUUCUGAAAAAUGUUCUUCUGUUCCUGAGAAUUCUCGAUACAUGCUACGCAUACGUAAAGUCAUUGAUGUAGCUAGCAACAAUAGCACCCUUCGCUGCCAGAUUCCUCAAGAAACUUUUGAGAACAUGCACUUUGCUGGCUCUUCACAUGGCCAUCUCAUCUGCUGCUACCGUGGAGAUUGUCUUGUUAUCGAUGUGUUCACCGGGGCCAUGGUUUCGCCUCCACGUCUCCCUUUCAGCAAUGGCUACUAUGGUGGCACUCUCACCGCUCCACUUACAUCUCCCAACUCACAUCUCCUUGUAAGCACUCAAUCCUCCCUGUUUGAUUGGCCCCUCGGAAGUGACUCUUGGCAGGAACUCCAACUUCCUCAUGGAUGGAUAUUUCAGAUCGUGCAGUUCAACAGUCAGUUCAUCGCCAUGGACCACGAUAUGAGAAUCUAUACUCUGCGGUUGGCCCCUCGGUUAGGCCUGCGGGAGAUACCAACUGAGUGGUGCAGCGAGAUAGAGCCAGAAUCUUUUGUGCAGGCAUGGCUUGUGGUCUGCGGCGACGAUCUCCUCAUGGUCGACCACUUUGUGCACCUAUCGUCCGUAGAUCCUGUGUGCCACCGCCUCGACAUGUCAACCGAGCCCGCGAAGUGGGUGAAGGUGAAGACGUUGGACAACUGGGCGAUCUUCGUCGGGGGAGAUGAGCGGAGCCCUCCAUUUGCUUGUGUGCGCCCUGAGCGAUGGGGAGGGACGAGCAACAACUUGUACUACGCCCAUCACUCUCAGCCUUGGAGCGUGCAUGAGCUAUGCGGCCAUGUGGACCUUGCUCCAACCAGCCAUCCCAACUUCAACUGGCGUAAGAGGUUUGUGCCCACAGCCAUGGCCUUGUGGGUGUACCCGAGCAUGUUCUACUCCGAUGGCCGGUGA